GCCGACUUUGACGCACACCCCUCGCGCCUUCCACCGCGAGUCCCACCACUCCAAGCUCUGCACUCAACCGCCAUGGCGUCUGUCGAAAGUGUGCCUGCUUACAUGCAUCCAGGUGUAUCAGUCGCACAACCCUCACAUCUGGAGGGUGAUGCAAGCCUGGCGACCGAAAUCCUCCCUGGGCCGCCACCGCUGGCCUCGGUGCAGCAGGCCGGCCAACCGAGGAAAGACCACAGGAAAACCUUGACGGUGUUUUCUUACUUGCCUGCCUCUGACCCAGGAACCACUUACGCAGGACAUAUGGCGACUCCGCUCGCCUCCGCGGCUGAGGCGGAGGGCCCUCGGAGGAAACGAGCAAGGCUUGAGCGAAGUGCCGUUGCCAGCAGAGCGCAGCGUGCAUCGGCGCGCAAUCUGAAUGCGACCGCCUCUGUGGCGGAUGCGUCAGCUCACCUGGAGCCCAUGGCCUCCUCUUCACAUCUCGUCCCUGAUACUGACCCUGUCUUCAUUUCCCUCGACUCUGACGAUCCUGCGCUAUCGCGUUCAAACUCUGUUCCUCUGGGGGAGGAUCCGGUGGUGGGCCAGAGCCAUGCGAGAGGGGGACCUGCUGCUCGCAAGGAUAAGGGGAAGGGGAGGGAGAGGGAUGCGACUAUAAGAAUCAAGGAGGAGCCUACUCUUGGGACAUUGCCCUUGAACGACUUUCCGGCCACAGGGUCAAACGAAGACCAUUGCUCGUCCUGCCGCUCACUUGGGGAUCUCAUCUACUGCGAUGGAUGUCCAAGGGCGUUCCAUUUAUGGUGUUUAGACCCACCAUUAGAGGCGUCUGAUCUACCGGAAGGCGAGGCAAGUUGGUUUUGUCCAGCCUGCACAUUGCAGCAGAAACCUCCUCCCAAGCUACCCGCGUCUCUGAGGUUCAUGGCGCCCCUCGUUGCCGAACUGGAGACGCGCAUACCGAUCGAGUUCCAGCUACCAUCGGAUAUCAGAGCAUACUUUAAGGAUGUCGCAACAGGGCCACGCGGUACCUAUAUGAAUGCUUUAGAGAUUCGACCACCUCGUUUCAAUCGACAUGGUCAACUUGAGGACCGUGAUCCCUAUCGCUUGAAGGACAGGAAUGGGGAACCAGUUCUUUGUUUCAAGUGUGGGACAUCAGCGUUGCCACCCGGUGUAGCCGCCUCUGCGCCAGCUACUAAACGUGCAAGGAGAGAGCCAUCAGGAUCGAGUCAUUCGGAAAGCGGCAGAAGCAUCGUUUCCUGCGAUUAUUGCCACCUCCACUGGCAUUUAGAUUGUCUGGACCCCCCCAUGUCGUGCAUGCCGCCUUGGGGCAAGAAGUGGAUGUGCCCGAAUCAUGCCGACCGCAUAUUCCAACCGAAGCGGCGCAUACCAAAGGCCAACGCAGCUCCCUUCGAGAUUCGAAAACCUCGACAACCUAACAACGGGAACAUCGAGAUCAUUCAAUUGGAGCCUACCCCUGCGCCGCCGAGUAUGAUGAUCGUUGACGAAGUCUUGAUCAACGGUAGACGAUACAGAGUACCCGAGCGAGUUAUUACGUUGGACUUCUGGAACAAAGUGGGUCGCGGGCAUAGCCAGUACGACGAACGUACGGACGAUACAAGCCCAUUGUCAUCUCCUUUGACGUCCUUAAGCUCAUUAGCUGGGGAUGAAGACGAGCGUAUUCCUGCGAUCGACCCGUCAGUGCCUUUGUUCUCUCUAGAAGAUAUCCGUGUCGCGCAGUUGUUGACUGGUCUGCACCUCGGACACGGUACACCCAUUGGUCGUACCGACCCUCCGCCGUUAGUAAUCAACGGCGUCAACGGAACAACCCCUGUAGGCGACAACCGGACCGACGUUCAGGAUGUCCCUCCCAGCGAAGCGAUAGUCCAGCAUGAGGUCAACGGUAUUGCGAAGUCCGUCAUUAAGAAGGAGCCUACCGCCUCAAAUCUUGACCCCACUGCCGACACCUCCAAAGCAAGACAGACUUCGGGGUCGCGGUCGCAACCAGUAAGACGGAGUACGCGCGGAGACGAUGAUGACUACAGGCCCAACAAUCGAGUCGCACUCCCAGCCACCUCUAGUUCGGCGCGCCGGCCUCGCGGUCGCAAGGAUGAGGCUCAGCAGGAAUCAGGCCAGGUCCCUGCCACCGAGCCGACUGCACCUGCGGAAUCGGUAUUUCAAGCUGUUGUCCCUGAUAGUCAUGCAUCCGCAAAGCAGGCGGAACCUCUCGCUCCGUCCGGAGCCUCCGUCUCUGCGAAGCCAAGGAGGGCAAGGCGUCCAGCACGAAGAGCCCCGUCUCCUGAGCCACUAAUCUCUCACAAUGGUGGCAACAUGAACGAAGAAGUGGCUAGUGUCGACUCUGAGGAACCGGAUACCCCGUUAGCACUAUCCUUACCAAGGCUCCCGUCUGGUCACAAGCCAGUUGAUCACGCGAAGAAAGAGCCUCAGUCUCGAGGCGUAGCAAGCACACCCUCUCUUCCCAGCUCCAAAGUGUCAGCACUCCCUGCGCCGUCGCCAGUAAAAACAGGGGAGGCCACUCCAUCCUUGAAGAUUCGUUUGCCUGGUCUCGCAAGCUUGCACCGCGCUUCACUGUCCACCGCACCCAAACCCAUCGCACCGGCGGAUAGCCGCGUAUUACCUUCGGUGUCCGCUGCUCCUUCACGAAGCCGGGCUUCACGAUCCUCGAGAAAUGAUGCUCCUCGGGAACGCCGGUCCAACCGGCGAGACCGCACAUCCACCUCUGUCUCGCUACAUGAAACACCCGCAUCUAACGACGCAGACCAUUGAGGUAACCCUCGUCAUGGUUGUUCUCCAUUCACGUAUGUCAUGUUCACUGCUGCGAGAUGUCGUCUGAUGAGUUGUAGACUCUGUCACUGUCGUUGACUGCACGUUUAAGCAUACCCUCCGUCUGGUCGUAAAUACUGUAAACGGUACAGCGAACUGUAAUGUGUCUGUGUAUGACUUGGUACAACCAGAGG